AAAGGUGGUAAAAGUGGUACGAAUUAUAAACAAAAAUGAGCGAUAAAAAAAGGUUCGAGAUAAAGAUUACUUUAGGCCUUUGCGUGGGAACUUUGGAUAUAAACUUCGCUAAGAUACCGAGUGAUUUAAAAACUUAAGGAAAACUUUCAAAUGGACAAGAAAGCCCGCAGAGCGUAUAAAUUACUUUGCAAAAGUUCAAAUUUCUACAGUAGCGACCGCAUUCUAUGAUAGCUUCAUUAUCGUUAUAUUUAAAAGACUUUCUUUCCGCGUUCGACUAAGUAAGACUAUGACUAAACUAUUUUUGCUGACGCUCUUUGCGAUAUUUGAGCAUUUUCACAUGAUACCUCUACCAUUGCCGGAUACAGAUGACAAUAUUGUAGAGAUUGAUAGCGACUACAACCCGGUGGAACCUGAAAAUCCAAAAAAUGUAAUAGAUUUAAGUUUUUUCGGCACCAAUAUUUAUGGGAUGCCCGACGAAGCUACUGCUCAAUUAGUAGCAAAUUAUUCCGCGACGGAAUCUAGCGUAAAUCCCGAGGAAUUGGGCUCCUAUUUGGAAGGAGACAUUUUGUUACCGGAAGAUCAGGUACACAUUAAAAAUGGCGUAGUUUUGCCCAGUUCGCGUUGGCCCAACGGUGUCGUUCCGUUUGAGAUACGCGGCAAUUUUAACGCACGCGAUAUGUCUGUCAUUGAACAUGCGCUGGAUCAGUUUCAUCGUUACACUUGUAUUCGUUUUGUACCCCGAACUGGUCAAGAUAAUGACUAUGUGUCGAUUGCUAAUGGCAAUUCGGGUUGCUGGUCAACAGUUGGUCGUACCGGUGGUCGACAGGAAGUGAAUUUACAAAGUCCAGGUUGUCUAUCAAAAUCAGGUACCGCCAUUCACGAGUUAAUGCACGCUUUGGGCUUCUUGCAUGAACAAAAUCGUCAGGAACGUGACGAUUAUGUGGCCAUACAGUAUCAUAAUAUCGAAAAACAUGCUAUAGGAAAUUUCGAGAGAGCAAUUGAAACAAUGUCUUUCGGAGUGCCCUACGAUUACGGCAGUGUUAUGCAUUAUUCACCAAAUGCCUUUUCGUCCAACGGAAGACCGACUAUAAUUCCUUUACGUUCUCUUGCCGAUAAUGUAAUGGGUCAACGUAAUGGUUUCUCCGCUUUCGAUAUUGAAAAGUUAAACAACAUGUACGAUUGUGGCUCUCAUUCUCGUCCUCCUUUAAGUGGCCCCGACGCAAUUUCUAAUGGCAUAGAAAAUAACGUAGUCAACAGUUUUGUAGGAGGUUUUUUAACUGGUCUUGGCUUAGCAGAAGAAAAAGUAGAUGCUUGAAUCAAACGUAUAAUA